ACUGCGAUUUUCUUUGUCUUCAUCCCACCCAAACACGUCACAGAAGUAAUUAGAUUCGAAUCUCAGGCUUAAAGUCAUCAACACAGACCCACAAUCACAAAGCAGAAGUGAAAAAGUGAUCAUAGUACCCUCACUAGAUAUGCAGAUUCUUCAAUGGCUCUGUAAAAGAUCUCAAGAACAGGAAAGACAGAGAACCACAAAGACAGAAGAGUUUAGUGAUCAAAAGGCUGGAGGGAAACAUAUAAUUCAAGUUGACCAUCACGAGUUGUCUGGCAGAACAAAGAGAAACGGAGAGAAGAAAGUUGGGUGCAAGAAUCUGAAGAUAUUUGCUUUCACAUGCAGAAAAGAUAUUCCAAAGACUUGCUUUUACAGCACACUUAACUUGAUGAAGCUAGCAAGUUUUAACAGAAGCUUGAAUCUUGUGUACCCUAUGAAGAUGAAGAGACAAGAAUUGUCCAUAGGAAUUGGGGUCCCUAAUAAGAAGACAGAUUCGCAUGAUCAUGUGAGAAACCCAAAAGCAAAUGAUGAAACGAAAAGGGAUAAAACGAAGCCUGCUUCAAGAAUGAAAGAGAUUGUUAGAUGGGCUGCUGCUUCUAGAACAGAGAAAGGAGGAAAACUAUUCAAUGGACGAAAGGUUGCGUGGCACAGUAGGCGAGGAACUGUGAAAGCAGUUGAUGAAGAUGAUGAAGCAAUUAGUGGCUCUACCACUUCCUUAUCAAAUAUUAUUAAUGCACAAAGAUCCCUAUCUGCAACCACUGAUCACGUGACUCGCAGAAAAGGAAACUGGAUCACCUCUGACUCUGAAUUUGUGGUGCUGGAACUUUGAAGAGAUGCAUCUGAAGGAGAUUGUGUUGGAAAUCAAUUUCACUUUUGGUUGAUGAAACUGUAGGGUUUUGUUCACACACACACUCACACUCUGUGGGAGAUAUUUUUAAAUGUAACAUCAAUACUUGAUGGUUUGAAGUGUUGUGCUGAAUGAGAAUAUUUGUAGAAUUACAUUG